AAAGGUUUAAAAAAUGGAUAUGUUAUCAACAGUUGAGCUACUUGUGUUUUCGCAUCCGAAAAUAAAUUUUCAAGUGAAAAACAAGUACCUACAAUGAUUGCGCAGUUGGUAAUUUGUUUAUUUGUUUGUGGUUUUGUGAGUUUUACCAAUGUUGAAGCUGCAGGAUGUUCAAUCUCAUUGAAUUCCGAUUUAUCGGAUCCUCAACCACUUUACCUGAAACCCGACAAUACCCUCACCGGAAACGAUGCUUUCAUUGAACCCAUCGAUGAUGUCGGCACUGUUAACUUCAAAGCAAAUGAAAAACUUACAAUUUCUUGCCCUGGUGGUAAAAUCAAACUCCUAGGUGUUGCUACCACCAAAACCCUAUCCACCGCAUCCUGCGCACAAGGAACCAACUUCAAGAUUGAAGGUAAAACCGUCCCAUUGGUCAACAUCACCUGCAGCAAACAGGCUGAACAAAUCCUUCGCUACACCGGCAAUUCCUGUGGCAAUGCUGAUUACUUCAAAGAAAUCGAAAUGGGUUUCAACUUGGAUGAUACCAGGUUCUACACUCAAAUCAAUGUUUGCUUCGAUGAUGAACUCCAAGACUCUCCUUAUGCCGUUUUUGACAUGACUCCGUCCAUUGGUGGCUAUCAAGCUAACUACCCACGUCCCAACUUUAAGGAAGCUGGUUUCUACAAUCUUGGCAAAACCAAGCUGGAUGACUUAUACCAACGUGCCAAACAGAGAACUACCAUCAACAAACAAUUGGGACUUGCAGACACAGACAACAAGUACAUCCACGCUACCAAUGAUUAUUACCUCGCACGUGGACAUCUUGCAGCUAAAACUGAUUUCUUAUAUGGUUCCCAGCAACGGCUGACCUUUAACUUUGUCAACGCAGCUCCACAAUGGCAGACACUCAAUGCUGGUAACUGGCUGAGAUUAGAAGACAGCGUGAGGAACUUCGCCAGCAAAAAUGCACUUGAUCUGUUGGUUUACACUGGUACUGAUGGUACACUUACUUUGCCACAUGCAGAAACCGGGGAAGAAACCGCCGUGUAUCUGUACUCUGAGGAUUUCCAAGCUAUUCCAGUGCCAGAAUUAUUUUGGAAGGUUGUCUAUCACCCAGCAAGUAAAUCUGGUGUGGCAUUUAUCGCUGUAAAUAAUCCUUACGCAGACAACUAUGAACCUAUCUGCACGGAUAUUUGCGAUCAGGUCACUUGGCCCACUUGGGAUCCAAGCAAUCAGAAGUCUGGGUUUGGUUAUUGCUGUGAUGUGAAUGAAUUUAGAACUCUAGUGCAGACUCUGCCAGAUUUCGAGGUCAAGUCCGUCUUGAAUGGUUAAUUAUAAGCAGUUGCAAAUGUUUUUAUGCAAAAAUUGUACAAAGUUUAACAAAAUAUAUAUUCGCAUAUCAAAAA